AUGGUUACCGUAUGUACCAAAAUAUCUUCCAACUAUCGUCUAUUCUUGAUGCACACAAGCUGUUCAUGCUGUUUCUUUUGCCUGUAAUGAUUUUUGAUGUUUCAUUUUUCCUCCGUAAGCUUCAUCGUUCCGUUUCUUGAAAAUCUUGAUAAAGAUACAUCCUCUCUCUUUCUUCUUGGCCCUCGUGCUGCGGCUUUGUCAUUAAGUCGCUUGUUUAUUUCUUUUUUCGUAGACUUUUUUUGGGUGACCACCGCUGCCAUUCUUUAUGCAGACUAGAUUGACCAAGAAGCGGCGUGGAGAAGUCUCAAAAUCCAUGCGAUUAACUGGAUCGAAGUAAUAUCCCUCACCACGCCUCUGUGCAAUUCUACCUUAAUGAAUAGACCAAGGAAGUGGUUAACUUUCUUAAUGUGAAUGAUUCAUGAAUAGAAUGUGAUCUUGCGAAAAUCACGUCUUUUCUUGUCUCUAAAAUGUCCUUGAUUUUGCUGCACGCGUAGAAGCUGGGCUGCCUGAUGCUGACUAGCAUAUCUAGAUGGUUCCUAUAUCAGGACAGAAAUGGAUGGCGCGGCUUUUUCUUUAAGACAAUGGCUUUUAGAAUUGACAAAAAUUCAGUAAAUUCCAAAACUUCUCUCAGGAGUAACGGAUUUCCAUGUCAAACCGUAGAAGAAGAUAGUGCAUAGGCUUCCUUUAGUCACUAUUUCACUCCUCUUCUGAUGAUAUUACUAUCGAUGAACUGGUCAAAUAUAUAACAACAAAGAAGAUUUCCGAAGCUAGUCACAUCUAGAGCCUUUAUAGGCAAGCUCUGACCAACACCAUAUAAAGAAUAACUCGACGAGAUUCAUAGGGCACGUCGAUAUGAUAUAAUGUGGAAGGUUUUUAUUCUUUGAUCUUGAGGGCUUUGACAUCGUACUUUAGUCCACAGUCUUGGGAUUUUAGUCUCCAAUGAAUAGCUGCACAGGGGGUUUUAUCUUUGUCAUAGGUUCACUGAUCAAGUCUUCUAGAUUCACAUAUUUUCCCUCGUUCAAUGCGUAUUUGUGGCGCCCACGUUCUAAAAAAAUGCCUCCUAAUUGUGUUCUCAAAGAUCUUAUGGAAAUGGUGAUAUGUAAAGAAAGUCAACUGAUUUCUCAGGGUAAGUUUUACCCAGCAACAAAUGAUGCCCGAGUUUUCCACACUGCUAAGACGUUGGCAGUUUUUAUUCACCAUCUCCUUCUUUCUAGGUUUACAUACAGCCACAUUGAAGAGUUGAGAAAAUUGGAUAAGUUAUCAAACAUCUCUUUGCAUAAAAAAGAUAUGAUAUGACCCUGACCUCUCUUUUAGGGUUCAAUUCUGGAUCCAUGGGCUUUACUAAUGACUCAGAUUGCAGUGUUUAUCCAUUGGCUUACUUCGUCCCUGUUGUGACAACGUUUGCGAUCCCUUAUGUCAGCAAAGUUUGGGUACUUUAUCAAAUACUUUCUGUCUUUAAAGGCAUUAAUCUAUUAAAGUUUACAUUAGCUUGUUACUGGACUAGUUCAGGUCUCCUUUAAUAUAUUAAAGUUGUAUAUCGGGAUAUCACCUCAUGGUGAAAUCGAGUUUCAAUGGCGAAAAUGCAUUCAGAAGUUUCCCCAUUCAAUGAACUAGGAAUUUAUUUGGUUAGAUUAAGGUUUCUUGAUUCGUCUUAUUUAUUCUCCUUAGUGCGUUAGUGGAUUGUUUUAUAUUUGUACGCAUUUUUGGCCUUAUAAUCGUGCGCACUUAUAGCGCACUCUCCAGUGGUACUGAUAGGACGUUGUAUCCCAUGCUCAGUGAUGAUGUUGGUUUUCGAGCAUUAAUAGAACAUGAGUUGCAUCUAAAUGCUGCCUUAGAUCAUUUCUGUAUCCGUGAUCAAAUCAGGGCAUUGGCUCGCCGAAGAAAACUCGAGCAGCUCUUCCAGCGAUUCAAAGGCAAGUGUAAAUGCUUUAGGAAUAUUUCAGUUAAUCUACAGUACUGUCAUCAUAUCUAUUUCGAUCGUUAUUUCACUUUUAUUCUCAUAGUUUUCUUCGGGUAGGGAAGUGAACAACAACCUGUGUCUCUUAAGCUUUAAGGAAUGAUGUGGAUGUUCCAAACCUUAACAUCCAUAUGCUUUAAAGAAAAGCAGUAACGCGCAGUGAUCUAUGCAUGCACAAGUAAAACUGUAUAUCCCGAACUUAUGAUAUAAUUAAUGAAUGGCCGUAAUUCAUAGUAUUAUCUUGACAUCUUGUCAGCGCAAAUACCAAAAAUCAUUUCGUUUUAUUACGUUUAUUGCGAGUAAUUCAAAAUGUGAUGUUAUCAUGAGAAAGAGCUUAAAUAUAACGUUUAAAUUCUAACAUCAUUUAUGAUUCAUUUUAGGAAGAUAGAACUCUAGCGAAAACUGUUUGUAAUAUCGUUCUCUGAUAAUUUUAAUUAGUCUUACAGUGAGAUUAUUUUAGCAUGUUUUAGAUUCUUUUUUUUGUUUCUUGCUACUGAAUUAAAGUCUCAAUCACGAGACUGGAUUGUCUAAGAUUCUUGAAAGCAUUUGUAGACUAAUGUGUGAUAGAAAAGUUUAUUCCUCCGAAACCACAACUGACAGGAGAGUGCACAUUCAAUUUCUGAUUGACACUUUAUUUCUGUAUGCACAGGGUAUAAAACCACCUUAAAAAUUUCCCCUUUAAUUAUUUAUUAUUUGUUUUCAUGGCUCUUCAUACUAACACCACACACAGCCUAUACGUAUAAACAUGUGUAAAUUUUUACAUCUGUAUGCUUAACUUUAUUUCUAACGUAGAGAACUUUUGCAGAACCUCAUGUCGAUAUGAUCCUGGCUAAUGGUAUCGAAUGUCUGUGUCGUGAGCUCCAGGUAGCUUCUUGUUCCAAAAGGAAAGCAUCAUGUUUUAACUCAUGUUCUUGUUCCAUAAAUUAUUUUUCAUAGUCAUGAUUCUUUUUCCUUUCAGGAAUUCUGGACUCGUUGAGAUAAAUAGAUUCACUGUGAUUAAAAUCUAUUAAUGUUUAUAGGUUAUGAAUCUGUAUUAAAAAUUUGUGUAGAAAAGCUGGUAACCUCCUCUGAAAAGUCACGAUUCUUAUAUUAUUUUAGGAGGCUCAGGUUUUUCUGUAAAUAAACAUGAAAGUCAAAUUCUUGCAUGCAACUAAUAUCCAAGGAAAUUUCUCAGAACCUGGCUCAUGUUAUUUUUGCAUGUUUCCAAGAACAUUACGGAAUAAAAAAAUUAACUUUGAUUUUUUUCUGUAGAUAUUUGUUUCUUUGAAAUAUUUGAAACAUGGAGGAACAUGCUAGGUUUUUAAUUUCUAAAAUCAUUGUAAAAGAAUUAUUCUAUUAUUGGUAGGUCUGACUGCCACAUCUUGGCCUGCUAUUCUGAAGAAUAUCAUUUUUUUCUGUUAAUCUGGUGCAUUUUUCGCCAAUGAUUUUAGGUAUUGAUAACAUGCUUUUUUUUUGUCAGGUAGAUCCACAAGAUAUUGUCAUGGUACGUCUAUACUAAAACCCGGUGAAUUUCAAAUCAGAUGACCGUAAAAGAUUGUGUUUAAUGGAAAUGUUGAUUAUUAUCUCUUUUUUUUUCAAAUAAAUGAGAUUGGAUCCAUGUUAUAUCAACCAGAUCAUCGCGUCUUCCUUACCAAUGUCCGUAGAAUCUAUUGCGCCAUUCAGCUUUCUAACAUAGUUCACCCAAAUCUCGUGAACCUUAUUCAAAAUAUUUGGAGCUUCGUGGUACUUCACAUCGAUUUUUGAUGUUUGAAUCUCAUGCCUUUGCUCACUGCAAUCACAUACGAGGUCUUCCCUGGAGAGUGGAUGAAAACUAAUGAAGCAAUGCGGGCAGAUUUCAAUUUGCCCCUAAUAGGAUAUUUAUGUUUUCCCUAUCAGGACUUCAAUGGAUAUACUUUUCUUGGAUGCCAAAAUGUGAAAUGGGGGAAGGUCCGCAUCGGUGAGGUUCCUCAGUUCGGUCGAAGGGAACCCAAGUUCUCGAUCCCAGCUGAAAUGAAGCUUGUUAUGUUCUGGUUCGAGCCGGGCUCUAUUAUGUUGCCUGUGUGAUAACUAAAUGGGAUGGAGAUUUAUGUUAUUCGCUCCUUUGAGAUCCUCUUUUGGCAUGAUCUCACUUCAUCUGAGCAUGUUCUCUGGAUUCUGUAAAAUAAUGUUGUAAGUCUGCACGUUAAUGAGAGCUUUUCCUUUCCUACAGCUUGUUCUGUCCUCGCAUAUGAGAGCUGCCACCAUGUGUGAAUUCUCCCGGCAGGAGUUCAUUGAUGGACUGGAGGCGCUAGGGUGCGAUUAAAGAUGCUGACAGUACUCUUUUCCGAACAUGGCAGUAAAUUCGCUGAAUUGCCACCGAAAAUCUCAAAUGGUUUAUUUUCAUGAAAGAUAAAUGUUUUGUGUGCAGGGUUGAUUCGCUCGAAACGUUGAGAGAGAAAAUACCAUCGUUGCGGGCUGAACUUAAAGAUGAGCGUACGUUAAAUACUCCAUAAGUGGGCAACAAGCAAUCUUAUUUGCAUAAGAUUGAAGCUGAAAACAUUUUUUAAAUACAUGAUUUAGAAUUGAAGACUUGUAUUGGAUUUGUCAUGAGAAACUGACCAUCUUUGUCCUUUUCAUUAUCCAGAAAUAUUCUCUGUAAUAUACAAUUUUGCCUUUGACUGGGCGAAAGAGGAGGUAUGAAAUUAUUCUCUCGCUCUCUCUCUCUCUCUCUCUCUCUCUCUCUCUCUCUCUCUCUCUCUCUCUCUCUGUUUUCAUUCAAUGGAAUAAAUAACUCUCGUUGUUCGCAUGGUUGAAAUUUGAUAUUAUGUUUGAAUAAAAUUCGAAUGUUGCGUCCAUGUUAUCAUUUUACUUUCUGUCUGCUAUUUUUACCAUUUCUUUGAAAUUAUUUCGAUGCCUGAAAGAGAGUUCCUUUCAUCGGCGUUUCUCAUCCACGAUGUCUUGUUUACACAGCUAAGGGAGAUGGCAACCCAAACUACUACAUAGACACCACCUUUGUCGACUGUUAGAUCUUCCUAUCUUUUACUCCCUACCCGGUGCAUAGUCAUCCGAUGAAAAUAAGUACGCAAUAAUUUCCCAGUCAUCCAAGGUCUAAAACGAAAAAGCUCCCAGUUAUUUGUGUAGGUAUAGACCACCAUCCAUCAUCGCGUUCGAGAAAGUGUUCAGUGAAAAAUUGCUUCGAUGGAUGUCAGGAACAACACAAAAUUGACCUGAAACCAGAGAAAAAUGGGGUAAAAUCCAAUGGCCAGUUAUACACCCAUGAGUAUUGUCUGAGACUAGUAUUUUUGGUAUGGUUUUCACGUGUUAUGCAUCAUAUUUGCAUUCAGUCUCACGCCACUCUUCGUUGAAUUUCAAGUCAUGUAUGUUCUUCAGUGUGUCUUGACAAACCGAAUCUUAUUAGAACGCCUGCUUGAAUAAUUCAACAGGAGAGCAACUUGUUUAACUUUUAGUCUGGAUUCUCAGGAAUAUUUUCGUUGGAAAAUAAUAUUAAUGUAAUAAAAAAAAGAUAUGAACUCAUUUGAAUAAUCAUAAUCGCCGGAGAAAAGGGAAAAGACUAUACCGCCAUGGGCUUUCAACAGUUCCUCUGAAAAAAAAGACAUAUUUCGAUGAUUGUCGUAUCAUAUCAAGAACUAAUUCAUCAAAACUCAAACGUCAUGGAGUGGAACUGAGGGAACCAAGGCUCGGGACAAGCCGAGAUUUCUUCCAAACAGCCAUUAAUCCCUGUCUACUGCUUCGUGAUUGACAUGAGACAAACACAGAUGAUUAAGGUAUACUUUCUUGUUCCCCAUAUUCACAUCCUGACCAGCACUCUGUCUUCGUGUUCAGGGUCAAAGGUCCAUGACAUUAGACACAGCCAUCGGCAUGUGGCAGCUACUGCUUACGGAAAAGUGUUGGCCAUUAGUUGACCACUGGUGUCUGUUCCUACAGGUAAAAGCCCUUUCAUUCGCUUCCGAAAUAAGAACACGAAGGUCUACAUAAUCGACUUAACCAGAAUGGGCUCCGAUUGCUUCCUCUCAACUCGCCACCGUGCUUUGCUCUCAACUGGUCUGGUGCUUUCAGGCCCGCCAGGAGAAGGCAAUCUCGAGAGACACGUGGACUAUGGUGCUGGAAUUCGUAAAGGUACGAGGUUCCCCCCGAGGGGCUUAUUUAUAAUUCGAAGAUCUUAUAUUAUUUAGGCGGUCCUCCCACCUCUCUCCCUCUCCUUGUCCCGCAGAUGGCGGACCCGGUGGCGCCGCACUACGACGCAGACGGGGCCUGGCCCUCCUUGAUCGACGGAUUUGUGGGGUACCUGAGGGAGGGCGGCAUUUUUCCGAGCAGCUGA